CUCUGUCUCUCCCAUUUGAUCCCUAUUUAUUCGAAUAUGUUAUAUAUACAUAAAAAAAGAAGUUGUGCGCUAGCUAGAAGAAGGAUCCGAAGUGUUUUCAUCCUGUGAAAAAAUUCCAAUUUUCCUUCAUAAAAAUUGAAAAUCUUCCGAAGUUCCGUGUGUGUUUUUUCAAGAAAUUAAAUAAAACUUAAAAAACAAAACAAAAACAACAAAAAAAAAAGAAGUAAACAAAAAAGUUCGAUUGUGAAAUUGUAAAAAAUAUAAAUCCAUCAAAAUACACAAAAAUAUGAAGAGACGAAAUGCCGAUUGUGGCAAAAUACGGCGACCGAUAAAGCGCAAUAAAAUUACGGAAGGAAUGUACGGCAGCACUACAGUUCUGUACAUGAAAUUCCUCGUACUCUGGGCCAUUGUGAUAACAGCCGACUUUAUGUUUAUGUUUCGAUUUGAAUUUUUAUGGCCUUUUUGGCUACUACUGCGGUCAGUUCAUGACUCUUUUAAAUACAAAGGAUUGGCUUUUUCAGUGUUGUUUGUAUGCAUAGCAAUCACAUCCGAUUUGGUGUGUUUAUUUUUCAUCCCAGUGCAUUGGCUUCUAUUUGCUGCAAGCACAUAUGUCUGGGUUCAAUAUGUGUGGCACACGGAUAAAGGAAUAUGUCUGCCGACAAUUAUACUUUGGAUGUUAUUUGUAUACCUGGAAGCAGGAAUUCGAUGGAAGGACAGCAGACAUAUGCCACAUUUAGAUUUGUGUCGACCUUUUGCUGCACAUUGUAUUGGUUAUCCGGUUGUAACACUGGGCUUUGGCUUCAAAAGCUACGUUGGCUAUAGAAUGCGCCAACGCAAGCAACGUGAAGUAUCAAAAGAAAAUGAAUUUUACAUGCAGCUGCUGCAACAAGCCCUUCCACAAGAAGAAAACCAAGAUGACACAGUUGUAAUAACCACUGCGGGUGGCUCGUCAACGGCAUCACUCUCCAUGUCCUCAUCGACAACGGCAGCUCUGACAAACGCCCAUAACAACACCUCCACACACAAUGGAUCAGUGGGGUCAAUAGUGCAGAAUAACUCUGACCCACAGCACCAUAAUCACAGUCACCAUAACAAUCAGUUGGCGGCGUCAGCGUCUCAUCUGACGGCGUCAACAGCAACCUCAUCUUCGUCCGCUUCAUCAUCAUCAGCGUCGUCAGCGACAGCGACGAGCAAUGAUGACAAGAGCUAUGUUCAAAUAGCGGGCCAGUUUCAACCCCAAAGUGGCAACACUAUCAACAGCAGUAGCAACAACAGUAGUGUUCAUCAUCAGCAACAUAAUAAUCUUAAUAACAGUAACUCUAGUUCUAAUUCAAAUAAAAACGCUCAAACAAGUAAUCGCUCUGAAUUUUUCAAGAGACCCCUUAAACUUCUAACUUCAAUUUGUUUGAUAGGAUCCUCCACAAAUAGUGGGAGUUCCGGCGGUAACAAUGCCGCGUCCGGAUCCACUUCCACGUCCACUACCAACACCAACACAACCAAUAAUAGCUCCAACAAUUCCGCGUCUUCCACAUCAAAUGGACAUGUGGGCGGCGGCGGCAAUAGUGGAAGCAGUGGUGGAGGUGGCGGUAACAGUGGUGGCAAUAGUGGCAAAAAUAACCGCAGAAGUGUGGAUAAAGAAAACAAUAGUGCGACAUCUAACAGUCGCAGCAAUGCCAGUUCAUCUGGCAAUGCCAAUCAGAAAGAUCAUUUUACUAUAUCAGGUAAAAUGAAUAAUAGCAAUAAUAGCUAUCACAUAAGCGAGCUCAAUUGUAAUAACAAAGAAUGGGAUUGUGCUGGAGCUGGAGGUGGAGCUGGUGGAACUGGAAAUUAUACAACCGCUACAUCAUCAUCAUCGUCGUCCCAAAAAGAAAAAAAUAGCAAUAACUAUGAUAGUUCACAUGCAGCAAAUAAUUGUCAACAGCAACAACAGCAUCAACAUCAACAUAGCACAGCUUCUGAUUCUGGCUAUGGUGGUUUUGGAUCAGCGAAAAAGUCCACAGCAUCUUCAUCUUCAGGAGGAGGUGGCGUUGGCAGUGGCGGCAAUCAUAGUAAUGGAAAUAUUACACAAUACGAAGUGGAGGAAGUGGUUGAAAUAGUUGAGAAAGUCAAAGGACGUCGGAAUCGCUCUAAAAAAGACACAUCUUCCAAGGACAAUCAUCAAAACCACCACUCAAACAGCUCAAAUAACAACAACACCAGCAAUUCAUCAUCAAGUCACUCCAACUCAAAUCAUACUCAUCACAAUAGCAACCAUCAUCAUCAUCAUAAUCAUCAUAACCAUAACAGUAAUAAUAAUACAAACAACAACAAUAACAACUCAAAUCAUAGCCACAAUGCUAAAGACUCCAAUUCUGAUACUUCGAGUAUAUCCUCAUCGGCUUCGGUUGCAUCAUCAACAUCAACAAUUGCCAAUUUGGCAUCACAAGUUGUUGCGAAAAUAUGCGAGAGUUGCCUUAAGCUUGAGGCUGAUGUUAAAAAAUAUCGCACCGAAAUAAGCCACAUGAAACAAAUCGAAAACGAAUUGCGACAAAAAUUGGAAGCAAAUCUAACCACAAAAAGCUGUUUGCAGGCCAAACAGAAGGAAUGUGAUGAUUUGGAGAAGAGAAUUCAAGAGCUAACUAGUUUGCGCCAGCACGACAUGAUAACACUACAAAAUACCGAAAGACGUCUAACAGAGGAGAGACGCCAGAAGCAAUCAAUUGAAGCACAACUAAAUAAUGAAAAGAAAGCCCGAAAAAUUGCCGAGGACAAAGCAAGUCGACCGGAAUGCAGUGAAUCAUGCAAGCAGCGGAAACAGCAGAUUGAUGUUGAAUUGAAACAGUUGCGACGUGAUUUGAAAUCAGCCGAAGAAUCGAAAGAGAUGGCUCAACAACAGGGAAGAAAAUUUGAACAAGAGCUGCGAAUGUUUGAAGCUGAAAUACGAAGCCGUGAUUCUCAGCCGGGCACUGAAAUGUUGAUGUCAGCACUGGCAGCAAUGCAAGACAAGAAUUGUACGCUUGAGAAGAAUCUAUCGGCCGAAACGAGAGUUAAGCUGGACUUAUUCUCGGCCCUAGGCGAGGCUAAGCGACAGCUCGAAAUAAAAGAGAGUCUAUACCGCUCCAAAAAGGACGAAGUACAUGAUUUGAAAGCAAAAAUUGCUCAACUUCUUGCUGUAAUGCCCACAGAUAGUCUUUGCUUGCCAACAUGCAGUAACACAGGCAGUUCAAUGCUCCGCAUGAAUGAUACCCCCCCACUACAGGGUCCAUCCAGUCCGAUGAUGGGACUGGGACCACAGGCACAACACCAGCAAAUCUUAAGUGGCCAUCAACUUAACCAGAGGGUCUCAAAUUCAGGAGUAAAUAGUAAUCAGCAACAGCAAAUGCAACAACAGCAACAACUCCAGCAGCAACAACAACAGCAGAUGCAACAGCAGCAGCAGCAACAACAACAGCAACAACAACAACAGCAGCAGCAACAGCAACAACAACAGCAGCAGCAACAACAACAGCAGCAGCAGCAACAACAACAACAACAGCAGCAGCAACAACAACAACAGCAGCAACAACAACAGCAACAAAAUGUGGUAGUGUCACAAUCAUCAGUUGUUGGCGUAGGCGGUGUGCCUGUCUCACAAUCAGGUACCUCGAACUUAGACCCAAACGCUAGCGUCUACACACCCAAAAAUCCGAAUUCCAUGGUCGGUGGCAAUGGCAAUCAAAAUUCUGAUGCCUGACAUAAACGUCGUCAAGUUUGAGACUAUCAUUUCCAUCGUAGAAACUAAAUGCGCCACAGAGACAGAGCAUAUAAUAUUAUAUAAUAUAAAGGAUUUUUUUAAAACAAGAAAAGAAAAGAACACAAGCUAAAGCAAGCAAAAGAGAAAAGGAAAAAAAAGAGAGAGUGGGGAGAAUAAUAAUAUAACCAACUGGAGAAAGUGAGCGAACAUUUUUUAAUUUGUUUAGUUUUUUAAAUUUACUCGUAUUUAUAAUUUAAUCAAUAAUUAGUAGAAAUAUUAAUAUUUACUCAAUCCUUACAUGUAGAAGCGCGCUCCUUUUUCAUUUUCACUUCCAAAAAAAAGGAAGUUCCAAAAAACAAAAA